AUGACGGAAGAACAAUCAGCUGGAACUCAAGAGAUAAAGGAAAGCCCGAGAGAGGUCUCCCCAGAAGAGAAGCAGAAGGAAGAAAUGAAGAUAGCUAAACAAAUGUUAACUAAGGAAAUUUAUGGAAAUUACCUAGGAAUUGUUGCAAUUAUUCCAUCAAUUUACAUUGGUGUUUGUACAAUCUUGACUUUCUACUUCUAUGGAAAUAUCAUAACAGCUCUUUCUGAGUAUGAAGUCAAUGGAGAAUCAAAGAUGAAUAAAGUUAUGCAUCAAAUAUAUUGGAUGAUAGGAACCUUUGCAUUGUAUGCAAUCACAAAAUUUGCUGACAAAUACUUUUGGGAGCUUCAUUCUAUCGAAGUUACAAGUUCCUUAAAAAGAAAGUUAUUUAAGAAAAUGAUGAAAUCUGAUGCUUGUUUCUUUGAUUCAAACUCAAUAGGAAGUUUAUUAACUGUCUUUAAUGAAGAUGCAGAAGAGAUCAGAAACUCAGUUUCAUCAAAAGCAGUUCUAUUCCAAAAUAUCGCUCAAUUUUUAACAGGCAUCAUCUUUGCAUUUGUUUACAGUUGGAAACUUGCACUUGUUGGCAUUUCAAUAAUUCCUGUGUCAAUGAUAUGUGUUAGUUUCAUCACACCUUGCUUGAUGAAAACAGGUGGAAUGCAAUUCAUGGCAAUCUCAAAAGUUAUGACAUUUGCCGAAGAAAGAAUAUCUUACAUUAGAACUGUAAGAAGUUUCAACCGUGAACAAAGCGAAACAGGUAAUUUCUAUCAGUUACAAACUUUUGCUUCCAAACUUGAAAAGAAAGCGAAUUUCUUAGGUCAAAUGAUGUUUUUCAUAAUUAUGACAUUCGUUCAAAGCAUUGUACUUGUUGUUUUCUUCUACGGCACACAUAUUAUUGAUGAUUCGAAGAAAGCUGAUGGAUCAUAUGGUUUCACAGUUGGUGAUUUAUUUGCUACUUGGGGUUUCAUUUAUUGUGGUGUUUUGGCAUUGAUUACAGUUCAAGGUUCAAUGCAGAGUUCUGUCAAAGCAAUAAAUUCAAUUUCAAGAUACAUCAAAUUAUUGGGAUAUCAAUCAUCAGUUCCUUAUGAAGAUGGCGAAACUCCUGAUACAUUCAAUGGAGAAAUCGAGUUUAAGAAUGUCAGUUUUAGAUAUCCAUCAAGACAAGAUAUGGUUCUUAAGAAUGUUUCUUUCAAGAUUCCUAAAGGAAAAACAUGUGCUUUAGUAGGAAAAUCAGGCUCUGGAAAAUCUACAUGUAUUCAGUUACUUGAAAGAUAUUAUGAACCAACAGAAGGAGAGAUUCUAAUUGAUGGUAAAAAUAUUAAAGAAAUCAAUCCUAGAUGGAUACAUCAAAAUUUGGGAAUCGUUCCACAAGAGGCAACUCUUUUUGCAAAGACAAUCAGAGAUAAUGUUACUUACGGAACAACUAAAGCUGUCUCAGAAGAACAGCUUGAAAAUGCUUGUGAACUUGCAAACAUUUCGAAAUUCAUUAACACAAAACUUGAGCAAAAGUAUGAAACAUUUGUUGGAGAUAAAGGAGUUCUUCUUUCAGGCGGCCAGAAGCAAAGAUUGGCAAUUGCCAGAGCAUUAAUCAAAGAUCCAAAAGUUUUUAUUUUUGAUGAAGCAACAUCUGCACAUGAUGUUAAAUCAGAAAAGAAAAUACAAGAAUCUUUGAAUAAUAUUCUGAAAGAGAAGACAUCUAUAAUUAUUGCUCAUAGAUUAUCAACGAUCAAGAAUGCUGAUAUUAUCUAUGUAUUCUCGGACGGAGAAAUCAUUGAAAGUGGCACAAAUGAUGAGUUGCUUGAACAACAAGGAUUCUAUUAUAAACUUGUAUACAGACAGUUAUGA